AUGAAGUCCGCCAAACUCUUUGCCCUCGUUUUCCUCGUGUUCGAGGGUGUUGCUGCCCUCCCGGCACCUCCACAGGGCCUCCUGCGAGCAGAGGACUCAGAGCCAAGAUUUAUGCCUCGAAAAGCAACGGACGAGCAUCAGCAUUCGAGCGCCGACCAAGUCUUUGCCCGAGGUGUGCGGGAGUCCUCGCCGGACUUGGCUUCGAGCGCUUGGUUCACACGAGCUACUCAAGACGACGAUGCCAAAGACACCGACUUCCAGGGCAAGCAGCGUUUCCUGGUCAGGCAAUUGAUGGAGCGCGAUGAGUCCGCUUUGGAUCGCCGGCAGCGUUCCAAGAAAGUGGUCAUCGGGACCCUCUUGGGUCUUGCAGGGCUCGGCACCGGGGGCUACUUUGCUGUCACUAAGCUGUUGAAGAAGGAGAAAGACGAGGGAAAGAAGCAACAGCAGCAGCAGCAGCCUCUGCCUGACGGCCCUCCCUACUCCGGAGGGGGUUGUUCCCCCACCGGAGUUGGUUGUCGAAGGGAUGUAAUGGACAACAAAAGGCACGAUGUGAAGUCAUCAGACGAAGAGAAGUUUAACGGAGAGGCGAUACUCGUCCGAGGUCUGCAGGAUCCCUCGCCGGACUUGGCUUCAAGCGCUCGGGUCGCCAGAGCUGCGAAGCAAGACGACGGCCCAGACGCCGAAAUCAGGAGGCAGCGCUUCCUCGUCAGGCGACUACUGCAAGCUCGUUCCUCCGAAGACGAGCGUGACGUUUCGACCUUGGACGCACGGCAACACAGCCCCAAGAAUGUCGUCAUCGGGGCCCUGCUAGGUCUUGCAGCGCUCGGGACCGGGGGCUACUUCGCCAUCAAUAAAUUUUUGAAAGACAAAAAGGAGCGAGAGCGCAAGAAGCAGCAGCAGCAGCAACAGCAAUUUUUGCCCGAAGACCCUGCAUACUCGGGUGGUGGCUGCCGGAGGGAUGUGACGGACCGACAGAUGCAUGAAAGCAUGUCUUCCGAAGAACAGAGCGAGGACCGUUUGACAGCUAGGACUGCCCGAUCGUGGACUCCCGGAAGGAAGACAUUUGCUGCAGGUAGUCUACUGACGCUUGCUGGGCUGGGUCUGGCAAGCUACCUCGGAUACAAAGCCCUCAAUCCCGGUAGUAAAGGUCAGAAUCCUCCGCCACAGUUCGGUCAGACUCCGCCCCCAAGGCGCAGAGACCUCGGUGAAGGUGGAGACGAUGGAAAUGCGCUCGAGGAGAAGCGGGAUGGAGCAUACCUGGCAGUCCGAUGUUGA